UGUUGACGUACAGUGUGUGGGACAUUGGCGCGGUUUAAUCUGAACCCGGGAGUUACUCUGCUGUGUGGCGUCUAAUUUUCAUCUUCAGCAAUGUCUACAAUUCCACAAGACAGACUUGAAAAUGAUAACAAACACGACGAAAACAGGAACAAAGGCCCUUCCAGGUGGUCCACUUGUAGGAAACGGGGGGCAGAUGGCAGUCUGAGAAGACCUAACCCCGAUGAAGAGCUGAACAAAGACCAAAGAUGUCCACAAAGGCCGGAGAGCUUUACAACCCCAGAAAGCGAAGGGCCCGUUUCCAGAGUAAAAAACUGGGGUGAUGAGGUGGAGGCAGAGGAAAUUCGCUCAAAUGUCCGUCGUGACAUGCAUCGAUACAGAAGAAGAAUUCUUACAACAGAUUUUCCCCAAAGAGACAGAAAGAUCUCAUCUGGAAGUUCAGACUCCCAAAAUUCCAAAGACUCUUCUGCUAAUAGUGACAUCGAGACGGAUGAGACGACGCUCCUGAGAAGACAGAAACAGAUCAACUAUGGGAAAAACACUCUUGCCUAUGACCGAUACAUUAAAGAAGUUCCCAAGCAUAUGAGACAGCCAGGUGUUCAUCCAAGGACUCCAAACAAGUUCAAAAAAUAUAGCCGACGUUCCUGGGACCAGCAGAUUAAACUCUGGAAGGUCAGUCUUCAUGCGUGGGAUCCCCCUACAGAAGAGGGAAGUGAACUGCAGCAAAUAGAGGAAAUUGAUCUCGGUGACAUCAUGGACUUUCAGUUGGACGUGGAGUGUUCAACAGAUACAGACAAUGGAUCUCCGUAUCCAGCAUCUAAUAGGGCGGCAACAUCUUUUCAAGAGGACUCAUUCACAGGAACUCCUAAAAAGAUGAUGAAAACUGAUGAUGCUGAAAUGUCAUGAGCAGCUCCACUGAGAUCUUAAGGCUCUAUAAGAAGCCUUAAGUUUUAUUACACUGUUCGUCUCACUGUUUGUUUUGAUUUUUAUUGUGAAAUGAUUGCAACAGGUUUUGGCGUGUUUCUAAUACCACAUCAUUUUGUCAACUUCUUCAAGAGAGGGUGUUGUCAUAUCACAAACAUGUUCUUUACACUCACUGUUAUUUAGGCCUUUGCAAAAGAAAAUGUACAUUUUUGGAAUUUAAUUUUGUUUGUUGGUAAUCUCUGUGAUGAUCAGUGGAAGUUUUCUUGUAUUUAUAAGUAUGUUGGUACCCAGAUGGGUUCACUUGAAAUUUCCAGUGUAAUUAGUUUGUGGUUUUAGGUAAAUUUUUAUUUGCUUUUUGAUUGUUAAUUUCUAUUUUAUAUGAAACUUUUUGAAUAAAAGAUUUCAGUGCCUGA